AUGGCGAAGAAAAUGGUUUUUGAGCUUUUCCAUGAUGUUGCUCCAAAGACUGCUGAAAAUUUUCGUGCACUGUGUACCGGAGAAAGAGGAGUCAGUCCUAAUACUGGAAAAUCCCUGCACUACAAGGGUUCUUUCUUCCAUCAAAUCAUAAAAGGCUCCAUUGUGAAGGGUGGUGAUUUUAUCAAUCGAAAUGGGACUGGUGGAGAAAACAUUUACCCCAAGUUCCCAGACGAGUCUCCUAAGCUAAAGCAUGAUUCUCUAGGCAUUCUAUCUAUGGCAAUUGCUGAUCGUGACACUACUGGUUCACAUUUUAUCAUCACUUUGAAAGCUGAUCACCAUCUGGAUAGGAAGCAUGUAGCUUUUGGCAAACUUGUGCUAGGGUAUGAUGUAUUGAAGAAAACUGAAGAUGUGGGCGAUGAAGGACUCCCAUCCGUAACUGUUAAAAUAAUUAAUAGUGGUGAACAUAACGAGGAUGGUAAGAAGACACAGAAGUCAAAAAUUGGAAGGAAUGGAUCUUCUGAAGCCAUCAGUCAUGAAGCACGGAGGAAGGGAAAACACAAAAAAUCUUCAGUAGACAGAAGAAAAAAGAGAAAACAUUACUCAUCAGAAUCAGACAGUUCCUCAGAUUCAGACACAGAGUCUUCAGAAAGUGAUAGUGACUCUGACUUGGAUUUGUCCUCGUCAUCUUACACAAGCUCUUCUAGUGAUGACAUGCGGAAGAAGAGAAAGAGAUAUAGAAAAGAUAAACAUAGACAUGGAAAAAGAAGAGAUAAACGGCGAGAAAAGAAGCGAAGGAAAUUAGAUAAGCGAUCAAAACAUAAAUCAAAGAGGGAAUCAGACAGUCAAACUGAUGCAGAUAGUGCAAGUAAGAGUAAUGAUAGCUCCAAUGGCCAAGGUCUUGAUACUCAGAGAAAUGCCAAAGUCCAGUCAUCCUCAGUUUUGGAGAAAGAAUCAUCUCCUAUGGAUCUUAAAAAGAGGGAGGGGCUGAGCAAUGUAGAGGAUGGAGAAUUCCCAAAGGAAAAUGGAGCACAGCGUAGCAACGGCACUGGGGCCAACCAUAGAUCUGACAGAUACGAAGAGAGGCUGCCUGAUGUGAUGGAUGAUAAUCCUGGAAAAUCUAGGAGUCGAAGCAUGAGUCCUAAGCAAACCGUGAGCAAGAGUAUGAUUAUUAGUCCCAAGCGCAGGAGGCCUCAAUUCAAAGAUUUUAUAAAAGUUAUUCAACAAGAGCAGAAUUCAUACAAGGACCCCAUCACCGAGUUUCUGGCUUGUGUUUAUAUCAACUAUGACUUUGAUGGCGCUCAAAAGAAGAUGAGGGAGUGUGAAGAAGUAAUUCUCAAUGAUCCCUUCCUUGUACAAAAACGAAAGCGCCGUAUUUCUUGCAAUGCCGAUGACCCCGUUGGCUUUGCAAGUAAUCUAGGUUUGACGGAUGAGCUUUCAAUGCAAUUGAAUAGGUAUCAUGAGAGCAGGAGCUAUGAUGCCAGUGCCUCUGAAGCUCCUAAGUCUACUAGAGCUGCUACUGUUACAAAGAAGUCGGAGUCAGAAGGGAAACCAGACUUGAAUUGUGUUACAACUAGGACUGGGAAGCGAUCUAGGCCAUGUAGUUGGAAGAGGCGUAAAUGCAAAAAGCAGAAGCAAUCAACUGCUGAAGAUGUUGAUCUAAAUAUUCAAUGCAAGUUGCUUCCAAAUAAUACAGAUUGCAUGCUUGCUAAUCAACAGCAUGGUAACACCAACUAA